ACUGCGGUCGGUGUCGGACGGGCGUACAGCACAGCGGCUCUGGAUGGUGAAUUCCACGGAUGAAGAAAUUAUUCUGCCCACCACUCUGGGAAUUUUGAACACGACAGCUGAUAAUCACGUUAUCAUUAAGCGGUGUGAGGAGGACUCUGGAGAUAGAUAGAGAGUUUACGGUUCCCGCAGCUGACGCGCAAGUUGUUGUCAGUCUCGCAGGUUAGUGAGUGAGUUUGGGUUAGAGUUAGCUAGCUGAUACGCUAGCCUUAUACGAUUUUAAAUUCAUCGAAGCUUGUAUAUAUUUUGUGUCAUGGCUCUGCGAGCGAGAGCUCUGUAUGACUUCAAUUCAGAAAAUCCGGGGGAGAUAUCAGUGAAGGAGCACGAGAUUGUAACUCUGUACAGCGAGCAGGACAUUGAGGGCUGGCUGGAGGGGGCGAACAGUAGAGGGGAUAGGGGGCUUCUCCCUGCGUCCUACGUCGAGGUAUUGAGGAAUGACACCGUCUCGUCUUUUAACAACAACUCUCGAUAUGCCAACAUUCCCACUGGUGGUUUUGACUUAAAAAAACAGACUCAAGAGAGCUACAACAGUGCACCAUCAGCACCCAGCUUCACUGCCUACCCUGCUCUACCUCAACAACAACAUCCAGGGACCCCAGCCAGUGAUGAUGAUUGGGAUGAUGACUGGGACGAUCACUCGUCCGUUGCUGACGAACCAGGGAUUGUUAGUGGAGGAUACGGGAAUUAUGAAGGUAACGGACCCUCUAGCUACAGCAUCUCCACAUCCUCCAUGCCUAGAGGUGUACAGCAAGGCAAAAGUUCAGCCACGGUCAGCAGAAAUCUGAACAGGUUCUCCACUUUUGUGAAGUCAGGCGGUGAGGCAUUCGUCCUGGGGGAAGCAUCCGGCUUUGUGAAGGAUGGGGAUAAAAUUUGUGUGGUAAUGGGUCAGUACGGUCCAGAGUGGCAGGAAAACCCUUACCCAUUCACUUGCACUAUUGAUGAUCCCACCAAGCAAACGAAGUUCAAAGGCAUGAAAAGUUACAUUUCCUACAAGCUGACGGCAACCCACACGCAGAGUCAGGUCAACAGAAGAUAUAAGCAUUUUGAUUGGCUCUAUGCACGGUUAGUGGAGAAAUUUCCUGUCAUUUCAGUGCCACAUAUUCCUGAAAAACAAGCCACCGGUCGCUUUGAAGAAGACUUCAUUUCUAAAAGGAGAAGAGGGCUGUUAUGGUGGAUGAAUCAUAUGACCAGCCACCCUGUACUGGCCCGGUGUGAUGUUUUCCAGCACUUCCUCACCUGCUCCAGCACAGACGAAAAGUCUUGGAAGCAAGGGAAGAGAAAAGCAGAGAAGGAUGAGAUGGUCGGUGCUAAUUUCUUCCUCACCAUCAGCACUCCAGCAGCCCCUCUUGACCUGCAAGACGUCGAAAACAGGAUUGAUGGAUUCAAGGCCUUCUCCAAGAAAAUGGAUGACAGCGUGAUCCAAGUCAAUGCCACGCUUAACGAAUUUGCAAGGAAGCAGAUAGCUGGGUUCAAGAAAGAGUAUCAGAAAGUGGGACAGUCUUUUAAGUAUCUAAGUCAAGCAUUUGAGAUGGACCAGCAGUCAUACUCGGUCGGUUUGAACCAAGCAAUUGCGUACACAGGAGAAGCUUACGAAGUUAUUGGAGACUACUUUGUGGAGCAGCCUAAACAGGACGUGGACCCUGUGAUGGAUUUGUUAGCCCUGUACCAAGGACACCUUACCAACUACCCUGAUAUCAUCCAUGUUCAGAAGGGUGCUCUGACGAAGGUGAAGGAAAGCCAGAAGCACGUAGAGGAAGGGAAGAUGGAAAGCCUGCAUGCGGACGGCAUCAGGGAACGCUGCAACAUCAUCUCUUUCGCCACGCUGGCUGAAAUCCAGCACUUCCACCAGACUCGAGUGCGGGACUUCAAGUCCCAGAUGCAGCAUUACCUCCAGCAGCAGAUCAGCUUCUUCCAGAAGAUCACAGGCAAGCUAGAGGAGGCGCUUCAGAAGUAUGACGAUGCAUAAAUGAACCACAUUUCAAUUGGACUGACAGAGCUUUACCUUGCCCAGACAAGAGUCUGGUGAGGGUUAGCCAGCCCCUAGCAAUAUAUGACAAACCAAGAGUCUAAGAUUUAUGAAAUCUAUCCCCAUACAAUGAGUGUUCAUUAGAAGGAACUGAACUUUUUUGGGGAAAGCAUUUAGUGAGAUGGCGAUAAACGUCUAGUCUGGACUGUGUUUUCCUAUGUGAAACUGCUGAGGAGGACAGAAACACAGAGAACAUGGAAUAUCUUUGAUCCUGCUACUAAUGUCAUAUUUUAAACAGUGUUCUUCACACAGACGAAUUAAAUGUUAAUAUGACUUGAGGGGUUUGUGUGGCUCCUCUCUGCCACCUUUUAAACACUCGAGACCCUCUUAGCCGUUCUUAGAUGUUUACAUACCCUACAGAGCCGCUGUCAUCACUGUUGUGCCUUUCUAUCUCGUCUUGUUGGUAUUUUUAUAAUUUCUUAAAAAGAACUAUAUAUAUUAUUCUUAUUCUGAAAAUUGUUUUUACAAGGUUUGAUGUUAUUAUCUUAAUUAUGUUAUCUUAAAAGUCACCCCUGCUUAAAAUGGCAGGACGAAGGAGUAGCAGGCUCAUGUUUGGGAGUAGCUUGUCGCAAUGCUCUAAUUGGUUAUCCCAUCUGAUUUGCCCCCAGAACAGAAUGUCAGAAUGUGCAUUUGGGGGAAAACCAUAGUCGUAGACAAUUGAGCAGGCAGGCACAUACAUUUCUUUCUUUUUUUUUUUUUUUUCUUUUUUUUCUUUUCUCAAAUGUGAUGUAAGCAGGAAGCACAGCACACUCAGGAUAACAUGAGUUCAUUUUGGACCUUUCUGCCUACCAGUUUUUUGGCUUAUGACAUUUCUCAAAACUUACAGUCAGAGAAUACAGCUUAUUUUCUACUCCAGAUUUCUACUUAUGAACCACACCUAGAUGUUCUGAAAUAUUGAAGAAGAUUACAAAUAAAUUGUUCACCUAAUUGCUUGUUGCAUUGUAUAUAUUUUGUAUUUUGAGGUAGGCACAUUCAAACACCACAUGAACAUAUUUUGAUCGACUAAAAGUAGUUUCUAAAUAAUCAAUGGCAACAAGAUGUCUGUUUGCUGUUACUUGUCUUGAUCAUAUCAUGUGCAGGCAUUGUGAAAAGGAGAACAGAUGCAAAUAGAAACACAAAACGGGUUUCUUAAAAGGGCUGCACGAUAUUGAAGUAAAAUGCGAUAUUGGAUAUGCAAUACAAAACUGCUUUGUGUAAAAUCAUCUUUGAUUUAUAUAUUUAAAAACUGAAAAUGAUAUAACCAAUAAAUGUUUCAUGUUCUUUUCCUGAAAAGAAAGCAUCACUACAACUUUUGAAAAUGAACAGCAUUUUAGCAUUACAUAAAAGGUAGUGUCACAAAUUAAAAAUAUCAUUUUAACAUCAAACAAACAAAAAAAAGCUGUUUAAAACCAGCAACUCUGAAUCAACCUGAAUCCUUAACAUCAAGAACAUCCAGGUAAACGUAAACGCAUAACUAAACUGGGGUGGACGAUUUGUUUUUUUUAUUAUCUUAGUUAUUAAAAAUAAGAACAAAGAGGUUUGCAAAAUUAUGAACAACAGGGCAAAUACAAUAAAACAAAGAUACAAAUUAAAUAAACAGUGCUUUAAAUUUUUCAGGUUGGCCAACAUAUUAUUACAUAAGUAAGAAACAAUACAGGAAAUGCAUAAUCAAAUGUAAAAAUAAAACACUGCAGUAUUCAAAUGAAUUAAACAUACACUGAUUCAUAUUGAAGCUAUAAAAUGUCCUCAUUUAAGAGCAGUAAGUGAUUUCUUUUCUUUUUUUUUUCUUUUGUUGUUUGACAGACAGCAGAAGGUAUACUGUAUUAGGCUCCUGUCACUUUAAGACCUAAUGAUCCAAUUGACACGCAUCGGAUUUCUUUCCCAUUUGUUUACAUUCACUUAAUGCAGACUGUGUUUGCAUGAAUACUCGCCCAGACAGGCAUUAUGACAUAACUGUGCCGAUUCAACUGCAAUAAGCCAAUAAGAGAACUGAAUUUGCCAUCACUGUGCGAGCAUUUCAAUUGUGCUUCAGUCUUGACCUAAAACUGACUUUAAGCAACAUUUUGAAGUACCCUAUUAAAAUCAUUCAGAUAUCCCAUAUGCAUAUUGCAAUAUAUUGUGCAGCCCUAAUUCAUUUGCAAUCUUUACAUUUGUUGUUUUCUUUUCCCUUUUUUUUUCAGUAUAUCUAGCCGAUAUUGAUUCAGUUUUACAACUAUAAGUGUUGUGCUGAAGGGAAGAGGAAACCUUUUAAGCGUCUUGUAACUAGUGUUGAAGCAUGAAAAAUGUGAAAGUGGAUGCAGAUGUUUAUUUGUCAACACUUGUGAAAUAUAUCAACCCUAUAUUUUCACAUUGUACAUGAUAAUAACAAAGACACUUGUGAUUGUUAGUUUGCAUCAGCAAUAAAAACACUUCAAAUCUUGUUUACCACAACAAA